AUGUGGAGUUCACUUUCAAUUUGUCAAGACGAGGAGUUCAUCCUAAAACGGCUUAAGAAACAAUUAGCCAGCAUUUCCUGCAAGUGUAAGAUAUGUGAAAAAUACAACGUAACUUCAUUUCACAAAGAUAUAUGUAUUACAAAGAAAUCUAAAGAACAGUGUCGACCAGUUGAAGAAACCACAAAAUCUGCUCAAAUACCUUGUCCUGGAUGCUUCGUCGCCUACAAUUUACUCAAACGAAUAGACAAAACUUUUAAAGAUGAAGAGACUGAUGCUAAUCUAGCUAAGUUUUCUUCGGACAAAAGUAUACAAAAAACUAUAUCAGGCCUUGACAGAACCACAUCUGUGACAAAGAAAUCUGUCACAUAUUCUGAUACUCUUAUUACAGACAUUCUUAAUGAAACUGGUUUAUAUGAAGAAAACCAUAAAUACAUUGAGGAAGCUAACCUCAUCGGUCAUCAAAAUGUUGGCAACUGUUUGUGCUUGGAAAACUUCAUUGAUUCUAUUAGGCCCCCUCUUAAGUAUUCCCAAUAUUGA